AGCACACGAGUACAGCUCCACAGCCCAUCAUCAACAAGAACAGCAAACCCAAAAAAUUGUCUCCUUUAUUUUCAUUUAAUCCCUCUCAUUUAAUCCCUCUCAACCUCAACCCCCAUCCCAAUUCACACACAUUUCGCUUUCUCUCUCUAGUUUAUCUCACUUUACGGGGCCUAUUUCUAGAGUUUUGCUUUCAAUCUCCACGGCCCUUUUCUGCAUCACAAAUUCAAACAAGCUCUUUACUUCAAUUUUUACAUCAAUGGCCCAUGAUUCGUGCGCUCUCUGCUUCCGUACUUGCUGUACAUGUAGAGUUCUCUAGUUUUUAUGCUUGUGCGUAGCUGUACAGCAAUAGAGUUGCCUCUUUUGAUGCUUUUUUGGUGAGCGAUUGUUGAUGAAUGAUGUUAAAAUGGUUAUUUUAGAUCGCGGCCCAGAUCUUGAAACCUCCUGAUCUGUGCUCAAUAGUAGGGAAUUUUGUGAAAUAAGGAGAAAGGUUAAACAUGAGAUGACAAUUCCAUCACUGGAAAGAGUGUUUGCACAUUGGGGAUUCCGGAUUUAUAAGUAGCUAGUAGAAUCGGUCUGAUGAUUGUUUUGCUACUGUUUAUUUACUUCCAUUACCAUUUAUGAUGUGCCUCUAGUUGUGAAGCAUUUGCUUGUUCGUUCGCGGGAGUUUCGUACACUAGAGGAAUAUUGUGACUGCUUUGCACUUAGUGAUGAUUAAGAAUAUUCUUAACAAGCUUCCACGGAAACAUGGCAAGUUAGUGGAUAAUCGUGAUGGAGGAUCCUCUACAUACACUUCGAACGCUUCAGCUACUUCAAAAAAUGCUUAUGCCACAGGUGUCCGGUCAGGCAGUUCUAAUCCUGCAGCUGUUUCUGGGAUUAAUUCAUCUUCAAAUUCAGUUGCACAUUACGGAAAUAACUCAGUAAGUACUAAGGUCAAUGGGAAUGCAGGAUAUGUUCCGUAUGAAGCUUUGCCUAGCUUCAAAGAUGUCCCAAAUUCUGAGAAGCAAAGCUUGUUUAUAAAAAAGGUGAAUAUGUGUUGUGUUAUAUUUGACUUCACUGACCCCACAAAGAAUUUGAAAGAAAAAGAGAUCAAGCGGCAGACAUUAGUUGAGCUCGUUGACUAUAUCGCUUCAGCAAAUCAGAAAUUCACAGAAACUGCCAUGCAAGAGAUUGUAAAAAUGGUAUCCACAAAUUUAUUCCGUAAGCUUUCCUCACAGCCUCGUGAAAACAAGAUAUUGGAAGCCUUUGAUUUGGAAGAAGAGGAGCCCUUGAUGGAUCCCGCAUGGCCUCAUUUGCAAGUUGUAUAUGAAUUUCUUCUGAGGUUUGUGGCUUCACCAGAGACGGAUGCAAAGCUAGCAAAGCGUUACAUUGAUCACUCUUUUGUUCUGAGGUUAUUAGAUCUCUUUGACUCAGAAGAUCCUAGAGAAAGGGACUAUUUAAAGACUGUGCUACAUCGGAUAUAUGGAAAGUUCAUGGUUCAUCGCCCCUUCGUCAGAAAAGCUAUCAAUAAUAUAUUCUACCACUUCAUAUUUGAAACGGAGAAGCAUAAUGGGAUUGCUGAGCUGUUGGAAAUUCUGGGUAGCAUUAUAAAUGGUUUUGCAUUGCCUUUGAAAGAAGAGCACAAGCUUUUCCUUGUUCGGGCACUCAUUCCUCUUCACAAACCGAAGUGCAUCCCCAUGUACCAUCAGCAGCUAUCUUACUGCAUAACACAAUUCGUGGAGAAGGACUGCAAACUUGCUGAUACUGUCAUAAGAGGCUUACUGAAGUAUUGGCCAAUCACUAACAGUUCAAAGGAGGUAAUGUUCUUGGGUGAGCUAGAGGAAGUGUUGGAAGCGACUCAGCCUCCAGAGUUUCAGCGUUGUAUGGUUCCUCUCUUCCGCAAGAUUGCUCGUUGCCUGAGCAGUUCACAUUUUCAGGUGGCAGAAAGGGCUCUCUUCUUUUGGAACAACGAUCACAUCGAAAACCUGAUCAAACAAAAUCGUAAAGUUAUCCUGCCAAUCAUCUUCCCUGCACUGGAGAGAAAUGCAAGAGGCCACUGGAACCAGGCAGUACAGAGCUUGACACUGAAUGUCCGGAAAAUCUUCUCAGAUGCGGAUCCUGAACUCUUUGAGGAGUGUUUGCUCAAGUUCCAAGAAGACGAAGUACAAGAAGAAGAAAAUAAGAGGAAGCGGGAAGCAACAUGGAGACGUCUGGAGGAAAUAGCCGCCAUGAAAGCUGCUAGUAACGAACCAGUGCUCGUUUCUCCCAGGACUAGUGCAAAGAUGUCAUCUGGCUAAAGAUAAAGGAGGCUUAUGCUUUUUUAUCCUGACUUUGCUAUGUUGUGUUGCUGACCACAAUUGGGUCAAUGGAGAUGGAAUGAAAUCCCAUCUUUUCUUGAUUGGUUCACGUUUUCCUCAUCUCAUCGGGUCGUGCAGGGAGUAUAUGAGGUUACGCCAGAGACCUUGUUUUGAUUGCAAGAAAUAGUGAAUGUACAUAUAGAAUUGUGGUUGGCCCAGUAGUUUACAAUCUUCAUGGAGGAAAUUUGCUGGCAAAAUGGCCUUUUCUUCAGCUUUAGCUCUUACUCUUAGACAUGGAGCCAAAGUUAACCGUAUAUAUAUAUUAUAUCAUAGAUGACCGAUGCUCUUCAA